AUGAGUAAUAAGAAAAGAAGCAAAAAUGAAAACGACGAAUCUACAUCAUUACCUUUAGAAAAUUCCGAGUUAUUAAUCGAAUAUAUACAUAAUUUAAAGAACUGUUUAAAUGUAUAUAGGAGAGAGAUUCAAGAAAAAAAUAAAUAUAUUAGUAUCAUAAAAAAUGAUUUAAGUUUCCAUGAAUGUAUGUUAACUAAUGUAAAUGUUGUAUGGAGUGUGUUUAAUAACGAUUUAUUAAACUUUAUUUGUAAUAAUGAAAAGAAAGAAGAAAAUGAAGAAGGGGAGGAUACACAAAAAAAAAGAAACAUAGGUGAUGAGAUAAAUGAAUAUAAUAAUAUAAUAAAAUUACAAAAUGAUGAACAUGUAAAAGACAAUAAUGUAAUUAAAGAAGAUCUCGAAGAUGAAGCCAAUCAGAAAUUUUUGAUGAAAUCACCUUAUUAUAAUAUAGAAAAUUUUUUACAAGUAUUUUUAAAAUAUAUUAAUAAGAAGAAGAAAAAGAAAAAGGUAAAGGAUGAAGGUAAGAAAGAAAAAAAUGAGGAAAAAAAAAAUGAGCACGUUGAAGAAGAAGAAGACGAAGAAGAUGAAGAGGAGGAAGAAAAUGAAAAUAAAGAGGAUGAAGAAUUUUUCAAAACAUUUGUAUCUUUUGAUUUGUAUCAUAAUGAAAAUGAAAAGAAUAUAUUUUAUGAUAAAAAUUUAGUUAAAAGAGAAAAGGAUAAUAUGGAUGACGCUCCACGUAAUAACAAUAUGUGUGAUAAUUAUGAUAUAUAUAAUGAGGGAAGAGAAAUGUUGGAUAAGGUUAAAUCAUAUUCAGGUGAUGAAAAAGUAAAUAGAAGAGAUAACGAUAAAUCUUAUGAUUCUGUAAAAAAUGAAAGUGAAGAAAAAGAAGAAAAAAAAAAUGUGGUAAAUAAUAAAAAAAGAAGUUUGGAAUGUAAUCCAAAUGAAGUAAAAAGAAUUUGUUCCUCUUUAGAAGAGAAGAUAGGAACUGUUCAAAGUGUAAAAGUAAAGGAAUAUAAUGAAUUAGAUAAUGAAAAGGCUGAAAAAAACCAAAAUGAUGAUAAUACCAUUUGUAAUAAUAAAGGUGAGAAUAUAAUGGAAAAGGAAGAUAAAUCAUAUUAUAAGAUGAAUAAUAAAAAUUAUACAAAUGAAGAAGAUAAAAAAACAAAACAAAUAAAUAUAGAUUAUUUAAAAAAAAAAAUCAAGUGUAAUCAAGACCUUUUUGAGGAGACGAUACAAAAAUGUUUUUUGAUAAAUUUAAAGAAGACAUUAAAUCUUAUAAAUCAAAUUAUGUAUUUAAAAAAUGUUGAAUUCAGGAAAUAUAACUUAGAUUAUAUACGCAAAAUAAAUUAUGAGAAAUGUUUCUAUUAUAAAAAUUAUGUUGAGAUAAAAAAGAAAAUAAACGAAUUACAAAAGGAUAACGAAAGUUUAAAAAUUCAGGUGGAUAGAUUAGAGAAAAAAAAAGCUACAUUAAUAUAUAAAUUGAAUAAUGAUAAUAUUCGUAAACAUAUUCUUGAUGAUAAUAUUAAGAAUUAUCAAAAUAGUAUUGAUAAUAGAAAAGUAAGUUAUUUUGAGGAAGGGGAUAGUUCAUAUAAACGUAAUAAUAAAAAUGAUCUUACAGAUAAUGACAAUAGUGAUGAUGAUAAUAAUAAUUACAAUAGUGAGGAUAAUUAUAAUAGUGAGGAUAAUGAAAAUAAUAAUCGUAAUUAUAAAUUUCAUAAUAAACAUAAGAAAGAUUCUUUGAAUGAAGAUGAUGUAAAAAAAAAUUGCUUAAAUGUAUGCCACAAAAUUAACAGUGAUUCUAAUAUUUUUGUUCAUGUUGAAAAUGUUAUAACAAAACAAAAUAUUAUACAUAGUGAACCAUUUCGAAAUUUAUUAAAAGAAUCUAAUGAAUUAUAUAUUAUAUUAAAAGAGAAAGAGAAAGAAAACAUUAUUCUAAAAAAUGAAAUAUUAAAGAUGGAAAAUAAAAAGGAUGAAGAAUAUGAACAGUUAUUAAAUAGUACUAUUGAAGAUAAGAAGGAAUUAACUAGAAGUAUUAAAGAAUUAGAAGUAAAUAUGAUGACAUGUAAUAUGGAAAAAGAUAAAAUAAGUAAUAAAGUGAAUACAUUAGAAUACGAAAUAAAUGUAUUAAAAAAUAUUGACAAGAAUCAAACCAUGCAAUUACAACAAAAAGAAAGUGAUAUUUUAAAGAUGAAGUUGUAUAUUGAGAAAUUGAAAUUGUCUGAGAAAAAUUUAAAAGAUAAAAUUAUAUUAUUAGAGAAUGAAAAGGAUAAAAAAAUAUUGAGUCCUGUAAAUAUGAUAGAUAAUUCGUUUAAUGAUGGAUCCAUAUGUGAGGAAGGAGGAAGAAUUCACCUGACCGAUAUUCAAAAUGAUAGUGAUGAUAAAAAAAGGUUUAAUGAGUUAUAUAUAGAAAACCAGAAAUUAAAAGAAGAAUUAAACAAAAAAAAAAAUGUAGAAGAGGAAUUGUGUAGCUUAAAGAAAAAUUAUAAUAUAAUUAAUGAAGAAAUUGAAGAAAUAACAAAAGAAUUUGAAAAAAAACAAGAACAAGUUGAUGAAAUGAUAUUACAAAUAAAAAAUAAAGAAUUAGAAUUAUUGGAUAAAUUUAAUAAUAAAAUAAAUAAAGCUUAUGUAGAAGAAAAAUUAAAAGAAUUAAAAAAUACUUAUGAAGAAAAGAUGAAACAUAUAAAUAAUAUAUAUAAAAAACAUGAUGAUUUUGUUAAUAUUUAUUUAAAUUUAUUUUUUCAAGCAAGAAAAAAUACAGUACUUUCUGAUAGUCAAAGAGAAGAACAAAUGAAUUUAUUUAUAAAAUUAAAAGAUAAAUAUGAUAUCAUAUUUCAAAAAAAAAUAGAAUUAACAGACAUUUUAAAAAAUGUUUAUGAUUGUAAUAAAAAAUUAAUAGGACAUUGUCAAGAUUUAGAAAAAGAAAAUUCUACUCUUCAGAAUAAAUUAUCUAACGAAAUAAAAAAUUCAAAAAUGUUAUCAAAAAAUUUAUCUAAAAAUUCUGAUGAUCAUUUAUUAAUUGAAGAAAAUAAUGAAUUAAGAAGAAGAUUAAUAUGUAGUGUAUGUAUGGAAAACUUUAGGAAUUAUAUUAUUAUCAAAUGUGGUCAUAUUUAUUGUAACAAUUGUAUAUUCAAUAAUUUAAAAACAAGAAAUAGAAAAUGUCCACAGUGUAAAGUACCAUUUGAUAAAAAAGAUCUACAAAAAAUUUUUCUUGACUAA